AUGGAAUCGAAAGAAAAAAUCCUCUCUUGCUUGAACAUCCUGAAAAGGUUGCCUCCAACUCAGAUGUAGAAGAAUGCAGCAGCAUUAGCAUCUUUGAUUCCUGAUUAUGCUGAAGAAUUAUACUAGAAAAUAGAUAAACCAUUAGGUAUGAAAAUGAUGAAAAUUUUUAGAUAUUGGAUAGGAUGAAAAAGGAAAUCAAUUUAUAUAAUCUGAAUUCAAUAGAGAUGGAGACUCAUUUAGAUCUCAUGUAACAAAUUAAUAUUAUCCUCCAAUUGAUGAUGCAGUUUAUCCUUCUGAAGCAUUACGUAAAUUAGAAAUCAAAGCCAAUGCUGUCUUUGAUGAAUAUAAAAGAUUGUACUUAUAUAUUAUAUGAAAAGAUAUUAUGAAGGAGGAUUGUCAUCUUGUUAUUUUUGGGAUAAGGAAGAUGGAGGGUUUGCUACAGCUUGGUUGAUAAGGAAAAAUGUAGAAAAAAGUAAGGGAAUUGAGGAUGGAUCUUGGAGUUCAAUUAAUGUAAUAGAUAUUAAGACAGAUGGAAAAUCUAAAUGGACUUAUAAGAUAACUACAUCAGUUGUUUUAGAAAUGAAUAUUGUUUAAAAUCAGGAUGUUGGCAAAUUCAAUAUAACAGGCACAUUAACCAAAUAAGUAUUCAUUACAAUAGAUUUUUUUAGAAAGAAGAAUCUUAUGAAGCUCCUGCAGGUAAUAAAGAUUUAGAAUUGUUUCACAUAAUGAAAAUUGGAACUUUAGUGGAAGAUGUAGAAAGUUAUCUCCGUUCUCAAUUGGAUAGUGUUUAUUUUGGCAAAACCAAAGAUGUAAUUUCUUUUUUUAAAUCCUUUUAUAGAUAGUAUUCUAAACACGCUUUAUAGAAGGAGAAAAGAAUUUCAUUAAAUAAAGAUAGGGAUUGGCAGGCGAAUUUAAAUAGAAAUAUGGAUGAUAUAAUUGAAUUCAA